UGUUACCAAGGCAGCCAGGAAGAAGCUGUGAAGGGAGCGGGACCGAGCAGCCAUGUGCAUACGAAAAGGCUGACUAUUUUUGCCACCAUGGGCACGGCAUCCUCUUUGGUCAGCCCAGGGGAGGUGAUUGAGGAUGGGUACGGAGGUGAAGGUGGGGAAGCCUGUGAGAUCCCGGUGGAGGUCAAGCCCAAAGCCCGACUCCUACGCAGCUCCUUUCGCAGAGGACCCCGGGUGAUUGGGGCCAGUUUCAAAUCCACAGGUUCUGUGGAUCUAGAGUAUGCUGCAGAGUACGAGAGACUCCGCAAAGAGUACGAAAUCUUCCGUGUCAGCAAGAACAACGAGAUUUCAUCCAUGCAAAAGAAGGAAGCCAAGCUGGAUGAGGAGAACAAGAGGCUGAGGGCUGAGCUACAGGCUUUGCAGAAGACUUACCAGAAGAUCCUGAGAGAGAAAGAAAGUGCUCUUGAGGCAAAGUACCAAGCUAUGGAGAGGGCUGCCACCUUUGAACAUGACAGGGACAAAGUAAAACGACAGUUUAAGAUAUUCCGGGAGACGAAGGAGAAGGAAAUUCAGGAUCUCCUGCGAGCCAAGAGGGACUUGGAGUCCAAACUGCAACAGCUGCAGGCUCAGGGCAUCCAGGUCUAUGAUCCAAAUGACUCUGAUUCAGAUGACAACCAAACUACUGUGACGGCUGCAGGGACACAGUGUGAGUACUGGACUGGCGGUGUGCUGGGAAGUGAGCCCUCUAUGGGUAGCAUGAUGCAGCUGCAACAGACCUUCCGAGGACCAGAGUUUGCACAUAGUUUGAUAGAUAUAGAGGGACCCUUUGCAAAUGUGAGCAGAGAUGACUGGGAUGCUGCAGUGGCCAGUCUGCUUCAGGUCUCCCCUCAUGUGCCUCAGGCCUUGUGGAGUAACACAGUACGCUGCUACCUAAUCUCUACCCAGGAGACCAAAGCAGAGCUGGAUAUCUUUAUCAAGAAACACUCUCCUGUGCUGCGGAGAAUGUGUGAGGGUUUAGGCCAUUUCUAUCUGAAUGUCUGCUUCCCAGAGGAGACUGCUGCCUCAUAUGCCGUAGAGCGCAAGCAAGAGAUUGAAAGGAGCUCUGUGUGUGUGCUUCUUGUCAAAUCUACUGUCACUAGCUCUGUGGUGGAGGAUUGUGAGGAAGCUUUUGUGAAGAAUCCAGAUGGCCAUCCACUGGUACUCUACCUCAGGACUGAAAAAGAUCACAAUUUGACUGGACCUACCAGGCAACUGCUGGAAAGGGUCAAUGCUGCAGACAAGGCUGCUAAAGUCAAGGUGGUGGAUCAUAGCGGUUCUGCAGAGGAUGGGGCUUACCUGAUUUAUGCUCAACUAGAGAAAGUCAUCAAACAGGAGCUGCUGGGUCUUGAAGGAGCAGAUGUUGACUCUAAGGACUCUGGGAUAGAGGAGGGGCGAGAGGAAGACUCGGGGGAUGUGCUGUGGGACCUGCAUGAUGAGCAGGAACAGAUUGAGUCCUAUCAGCAGGCUUGUAGCAGCACCAACUCACAGUUAGGCUUCCAGAAGUAUAUAGAUCGUCUGAAUGACAUGAUAGCUGCUCCCCCUCCCACCCCUCCUCUGCUAGUAUCCGGUGGUCCAGGCUCAGGAAAGUCUCUCCUGCUGUCUAAAUGGAUUGAGCUGCAGCAGAAGCAGUCCCCCAACACCUUGUUCCUUUAUCAUUUUGUUGGUCACCCUCUUUCCACAAGCUCAGAGCCAGUUCUCAUCAUCAAACGCCUCACAGUCAAACUGCUGCAGCACUUCUGGUCCAUUUCUGGCUUGUCCAUGGAGCCCAGUAAGAUCUUGGAGGAGUUUCCCCGCUGGCUUGAAAGGCUAUCAGCUCGCCAUCAAGGAAACAUUAUCAUUAUCAUCGACUCCAUUGACCAAAUACAGCAAGCAGAAAGACACAUGAAGUGGUUGAUUGACCCUCUCCCUGUCAAUGUUAGAGUGGUGGUGUCUGUCAAUGUGGAGACAUGUCCUCAAGCUUGGAGAUUGUGGCCCACACUCCAUUUAGACCCGCUGAGUCCCAGAGAGGUCAGGAGUGUUGUAAAUGCAGAGUGCCAGACCAUGGAUCUCAAACUUGCCAAGGAUCAGGAGAAGAAGCUGGAAAGGCACUGCCGCUCUGCAUCGACCUGCAAUGCAUUAUAUGUCACACUACUGGCAAGGAUGAUCACCAGUAGCUCAUGUUGGUCAUUGGAGAAGAGCCUUGAGCAGUGCCUACAGUGUCAAGACACCAUGUCACUCUACCGCCUGGCACUUAAGAUGACGCUGAACUCCCUCAACAAUGACAGAGAGCGACACAUUAUGAGAGAGAUACUUUGCCUUGUAUGUGCCAGCCAUAAUGGAGUGAGUGAAUCAGAGGUACAAGACCUUUUCCCAGAACUGGAAUUGCCUGUUCUGUCCUCACUGCUCUACUGUCUGAACAGACUCUGCAUUGUAACCCUUCGUUGUGGGCUAAUCAGGUUUCAUCACUUGCAGGCUUGGGAAGCUGUGAGGUUGGAGUUUCUGAGUGGAGGAAGCAGCUCUGCUACUUACAGAGAGAAACUGAUCCAUUACUUCAGCCAGCAACUCAGCCAUGAUCGUGUGACAUGGCGCGUAGCAGAUGAGCUGCCCUGGCUGCUCCAACAGCAGGAGGACAGGACUAAACUCCAACUCAGCCUCCUAAACCUGUUUGUCUCCCAAAACCUCUACAAGAGGGGUCAUUUCUCUGAGCUGCUAGCCUAUUGGCAGUAUGUGGGCAAAGACAAAAGCUCCAUGGCCAAUGAGUACUUUGACUCCCUGAAACACUAUGAGAAGAGCUGCGAGAGUGAAGACAGUAUGACCAAGCUGGCAAACUUGUAUGAGACCUUGGGACGUUUCCUCAAAGACCUGGGCCUCCCUAGUCAGGCGGUGGCCCCUUUACAAAGAUCCCUUGAAAUAAGGGAGACAGCCCUGGACCCAGACCAUCCCAGUGUAGCUCGUUCUCUGCACCAGCUGGCCGGGGUUUAUGUUCAGUGGAAGAAGUAUGGCAACGCCGAGCAGCUGUACAAGCAGGCCCUGGAGAUAAGUGAGAACGCCUAUGGUGCUGAGCACGCCAGCGUAGCUCGAGAGCUGGAGUCACUCGCAAUGCUCUACCAGAAACAAAACAAGUAUGAACAAGCAGAGAAACUCAGGAAGAGGUCAGUGAAGAUACGUCAGAAGACUGCUCGCCAGAAAGGUCAUAUGUAUGGCUUUACUUUGUUGAGGCGCAGAGCCCUACAGCUGGAAGAGCUGACCCUGGGGAAAGACUCCGCUGACUGUGCUAAGACACUUAAUGAACUGGGUGUCCUGUACUACCUCCAAAACAACCUGGAUGCAGCCAAGGUGUUCUUGACCCGCUCUCUGGAGAUGCGUCAGCGUGUCCUCGGUCCAGAUCACCCAGACUGCGCUCAGUCCCUCAACAACCUGGCUGCACUGCACACAGAGAGAAGGGAGUAUGAAACAGCUGAGGACAUGUAUGAGAGGGCGCUAGACAUCCGCAAGAGGGCCUUGUCCCCAGACCACCCCUCGCUGGCAUACACACUCAAACACCUGGCCAUGCUCUAUAAACGCAGAGGGAAGCUGGAGAAGGCUGUGCCACUGUAUGAACUGUCUCUGGAAAUCAGGGAAAAAAGUUUCGGACCCAAACACCCCAGUGUGGCCACAGCGCUGGUCAACCUGGCUGUAAUCUACUGCCAACUGAAGAAGCACAAUGAUGCCUUGCCUCUAUAUGAACGAGCACUGAAAGUGUAUGAGGAUAGCUUGGGCCGCUCACAUCCUCGCGUUGGAGAGACAUUAAAAAACCUGGCUGUGCUUAGCUAUGAAGAGGGGGACUUUGAGAAAGCAGCAGAGCUUUACAAGCGUGCAAUGGAGAUCAAAGAGGCAGAGCCAUCGUUGGUGUGUGGGAACGCUCCAUCCCGCCACUCCUCCAGUGGGGAUACAUUCAGUCUGAGGGGACCUGCCCCCCUCCCACAAGCCCCAAGGUGACUCUGUCAAGCCAGAUUAACAAAAACAUCAGACCCGACGGUUUUAUCAAAGAGAGAACCAUCCUGGUCCUCACACUGUGAUGAUCGAUUGUCUGGAUGGAGGUUUUAGGUUUUGGUGAAAUAUACUGUAAGUGCCCUAUUAGUCUGUGAAACCUGUGUAUUUGCCAAAAGUAUUUAUGAAUAUUUCUGUAGUCUUAACAUAAUCAUGUGUGUAAAUAACUUGGGACAUCCGUUAUAUCAGCCCUUUUAAGGGCCUAGAACUCAGGUUUACACUAUUUUUAAUUCAGAAUCAAACAUUUCAGUUCUCUUUACAGUGUAUAUUGUUCAGUUAGCAGUACAGACUCCUUUGCAGGCAUGGAAUUCAUCCAUCCAAGAGGGCUUGGCAUAUUCUAAUCAAAAAAACAUGACUAACAAGAACAGAUACAUUUGGUGCUUUCCAAUAUACAAUGGAUGAUGUUCUAUGCACUCUUUCAAGUUUUCUUCUUUGUGAAUUAGAUACACAUGUAUGAAGAAAACUCAGAUUAUUUGAUAGUUUGAUUUUUAAGGAAUAUUUCAAAAAAUCCUAAUCAUGAGGAGAUAAAGUAUGAACUAUAAAACAUUCCAACAACACAAUAUGCUGUCAUCCCUUUUGCCAAAACUGUUUAUAGAAUAUUAAUUAGCAAGCAAUCAAACCUCAGUUUUGUUUCCAAGUUUACAUUCCUGACGUUUUGAAUGAAGGAUAUCUGAGAGCUGCUAUCUCUAAAAUCAAAUGUGCCAAAAUAUUCUUAUGUUUACGUCACACACCAUGUUUACCUACAAGUAUUAAAUAAAGGGAAUAUAGAAUAUAGGAACCCAAGAUACGAGUCCAAAAACAAGCCUCGACCAUGUUUGAGGAACUCAAACUUUGGUACUGAUUUUAUGUUGUGUUUAUGCAAAACUAAAUGUACAUUUAUGUGUUAGCUGUGAUUUUAAGGGAAUUGUCAAAAACAUGAUGGUGCCACAUGCAUCUUCAGGUUUAGGUACAAUAAAAUAAUGAUCUAUUGUCUGACUGGAUAUACAUAAAGUCAAAAGGGACUCAGUGCACCAAAACUUGUUAUUUCAUUGCAAAAUAUAGCAUAUACAUUGUAUCUUAAAUGCAUUUGUUUUGAUAUAUUCAUGUAUUUAUGUAAUGUAAUAUAAUAUAAUGUAAUUAAAAUCUGUAAAAGCAACAAAAAUCAUAUCCAGUAAAUCAAAAAGAUUGUAUUCCAUCUAAUAAAUACUUUAUUGAGACAAAGUAAACAUUGUCCAUCAGUAAUGUUGCAGCAGAUAUUUUGUUAAAGCUGAAUGAAUGACAGAGCAAAUACAGUAAAAGGUUGGUUCACGCAUUCAUUAAUCAAAACCCGAAUAUA